CGAAAAUAAGCCAUCCUUGUUGGCUGUGCUUGAUCCUCCGUGAUUUUUUUUUAUCCAUCCCUCCAUUCUGACUUCAUUUCUAUCCUGUCAUCUCUUUUUUUCUUCUUCAUCCUUCUUGCCUUUGAAGUCCUUAUCCACUAUGUAUCCUGGCUAUAGUCAACAGCCUCAACAACCUUAUGGCGCACCUCCCUCACAGUACGGUGCUCCUCCGUAUUACCCCCCUGCUCAGGCCUAUCCCCCUCCCGCACAACCUUAUCCUGCAUCUUCUCCUUACCCUCCACCAGCUCACCAUCCACCUGGUCCUUAUCCUCCACCUGCUCCAAGCCCUUACCAACAAUCAGCACCCCCAACUCCAUAUGGUUACCCGGCCCCUUCUCCAUAUGGUGCACCACCAGCUGCCCCGCCUGGUCCUCCUGCCCCAUAUGGGGCACCCCUAGCUGCUCAUUCGCCCUACGGUGCACCACCAGCCCAGCCAUCUGCCUACCCACCUCCACAAUCCCAACCACCUGCAUACCCGGCUCCACAAGCUCAGCCGCCUGCAUAUCCGUCUCAUGGGCAACCGCCUUCUCAACACAUGAUUGCACCAAGCAGUGUUCCCAUGCCACAAGGCGGCUGGGCAGUGCAGCAAAACCCGCAUUUUGCACCAUCGGUCCCGUUCCAGCUUUCGAGUUGUCAAGGCCGUAAGCGAGCUCUCUUUAUUGGAAUCAAUUACUUCCGACAGCGGAAUGAACUGCGUGGGUGCAUCAAUGAUGUUAAGAAUAUCAAAACAUUUUUGAUCCGACAGUUUGGGUUCCGAGAGGAGGAUUGUGUUACCUUGACAGAUGACCAAAGGGAUCCAACAAGAAUCCCAACAAAGGCCAACAUCAUUGCGGGCAUGCAAUGGCUCGUGCGGGAUGCACGACCGAACGACUCUUUCUUUUUCCAUUUCAGUGGACAUGGAGGACAGGCCAAGGACUUGGAUGGAGAUGAGGAUGAUGGAUAUGAUGAGACGAUCUAUCCAGUUGAUCAUGAGGUUGCGGGUACGAUCAGAGACGAUACGAUGCAUCAGAUCAUGGUUCGACAGCUGCCAGCGGGCUGUCGACUGACAGCAAUCAUGGACUGUUGUCAUUCGGGCUCUGCCUUGGAUUUGCCAUUUAUCUAUAGUACGAAGGGUCAGUUGAAAGAGUCGAAUAUGCUGUCAGAUGUAGGUAGUGGUGUGUUGAAUGCUGGUUUGUCUUACUUGAGAGGCGAUAUCGGAGGAGCGCUACAUAGUUUUGGGGGCAUUGGCAAGAAGAUCACACAAAACCCAAAGAAACGGCAAGAAAACAUGAUGAAGAAAGCGAGUCCAGCGGACUGUAUUAUGUUUAGUGGAUGUAAAGAUACCCAAACAUCAGCUGAUGCACACGAGCAAGGUUUUGGAAUGACUGGAGCAAUGACUUUUUCAUUUAUUACAACAUUGAGCCAAAAUCCCCGUCAAACCUAUCUUCAGUUGCUCAACAACAUCCGUGAUAUCUUGCGAACAAAGUACUCACAGAAGCCACAACUCAGCUCUAGUCACCCCGUGGACCUCAAUCUCAUGUUCAUCAUGUAAUAGGAAGUUAAAACAAAAGGAAAAAGAAAUGAAAGAGCGGACCAAAUAAUAAAGAGCCCAAAGUGCAGGUUCGGAUCAAGUCAAACACCAACAUUAAAUAUAUAUUUAUUUUGUACAAUAAAAAGAUGCUCCGCAUGCGUAUUGCAAUAAACACAAC